CCCGCGCUGCCCGCCCGGCUCCGCCCGCCCGCCCGGGAUGCGGCCCCGGCGGCCGCGCCGGGCAUGAGGGACGGCGGGGGGGCCGCGCCCAGCACCGGCACCCGACGGCACCCGGGCACCGGCGGGGCUCCUCCUCGCUCUCUGCUAUGGACAGUGCCAUCACCCUGUGGCAGUUCCUCCUCCAGCUGCUGCAAGAGCCCCAGAACAAGAACAUCAUCUGCUGGACCUCCAACGACGGGGAAUUCAAGCUGCUGCAGGCAGAGGAGGUGGCCAGGCUCUGGGGGAUCCGCAAGAACAAGCCCAGCAUGAACUAUGACAAACUCAGCCGCGCGCUGCGCUACUACUACGUGAAGAAUAUCAUCAAGAAGGUGAACGGCAAGAAAUUUGUGUACAAAUUCGUUUCCUACCCCGAGAUCCUGAACAUGGACCCCCUUGUGGUGGGCAGGAUGGAGGGGGACCCCGAAAUUCCUGGAUUUGGGGAGGUCACCAGCACCCCCAAGGAGGCGGAGAGCUGCGGCAAGGAGAAAUCCCAAUCCUGUGCGAAAUCCUCGAGCCGCAACGAUUACAUCCACUCAGGCCUGUACUCCUCCUUCACCCUCAACUCCCUCAACUCCUCCAGCGUGAAGCUCUUCAGGUCCAUCAAAAUCGAGAACCCGGCCGAGAAGCUGGCGGAGAAGAAACCUCAGGACGCCACCACCCCUUCCGUCAUCAAAUUUGUCACCGUGCCCUCCAAAAAGCCGCCCUGUGCCCCGCUGGUGUCCAGCAGCCCCUCAGCUGCGGCCGUCACCUCCGCGGCCUCCGCCGGCCCCGCCGCGGCCUCCUCGCUGCCGCUGAGCUCCGAGGAGCCGCUGCACACCCUGGAGAGCCUCGUGCUGCCCAAGCUCAGCGUUCCCGAAGCUCCUCCGGCCCCUCUGCCGAGCCUGAGCUCCGGCUACGCCCCCACCCCGCCCCUCGCCUCAGUGUCCCCCGCGCUCCAGGCGCCCUCGGCGCCGCCCUCGCCGCCGCUGAGCUCCAACCCCGAGCUGGACAUUGACACGGACAUGGAGUCGGGGAGCUCGCAGCAGCUGGAGGCGGCGCCCAGCCUGCAGCCGCCCUCCCCGGAGCCCGGGGAGCAGCAGGAUCCCGCCGGGAUGGAGAAGGAGAUCGCCAAUCACCUCUCCAGAGCGAAGAAACCCAAAGGGCUGGAGCUGGCCCCCACCCUGGUCAUCACGGGCAGCGACCCCAGCCCGCUGGGCAUCCUGAGCCCUUCCCUGCCCACGGCCUCUCUGACUCCUGCACUUUUCUCUCAGACGCCCAUCCUGCUGACGCCCAGCCCGCUGCUCUCCAGCAUCCACUUCUGGAGCACCCUGAGCCCGGUGGCGCCGCUCAGCCCCGCCCGCCUGCAGGGAGCCAGCUCCCUCUUCCAGUUUCCAUCCGUGCUCAACAGCCACGGCCCCUUCACCCUGUCAGGACUGGACGGACCCUCCACCCCCGGCCCCUUUUCCCCAGACCUGCAGAAGACAUAGCACAAAAAAAUAAAUUUAUUUUUUACCAAAAAAACAAAAAAAAUUCAUAAUUCCACUGAUCUCAACACUUGGAGUUGUUACCAUUCCCAAAUCCAAAAAAAAAACCAAAAAAAAAUCAUUUUUUUGGUGCAAAAAUCUGAAUUUUUUUGGAAGAACCCAGGUUGGGAAUGUUUAUGCAAACGCCUUAAUAGGAGCUGCAGCUCCGAAUUUUUUCUCCUCCUCAACUUUGGAAUUUUUUUUUUCCCAAAAUCCAAAAAGAAAAAUUUUGGAAUUUUUUUGGGAGAUUUUGCAGCACCGACAGCACUAAAGGAGGAUUUUCUUUGUGACUUUUUUUGGGAGAAAAAAAUCAAACAAAAAAAUAAAAAACUUUCUCUGUUCCUGUGCUCAGCAAGGAGAAUCCCGAAAUCCUGAUGGAAGCUGGAAUUCCAGGAAAAAAAAAUAAAAAAUUUGGGAAUAUCGAGGUGGGAAUAUCGCCCAAAUCACGAUUUCUGCAGCAACAAAAAAACCAGAAUUUUCCUGCUUGAUUUU